AUGAUCGCGCGGGUGGCGGACGGGCUCCCGCUGGCCGCGUCCAUGCAGGAAGAUGAGCAGUCAGGUCGGGACCUGCAGCAGUACCAGAGCCAAGCUAAACAGCUAUUCCGCAAGCUGAAUGAGCAGUCCCCUACAAGAUGCACCCUAGAAGCAGGAGCCAUGGCUUUCCACUACAUCAUUGAGAAGGGUGUGUGCUAUCUGGUAUUAUGUGAAGCCACUUUCCCCAAGAAGCUGGCCUUUGCAUACCUAGAGGAUCUGCAUUCAGAGUUUGAUGAACAGCAUGGAAAGAAGGUGCCGACUGUCUCCAGGCCGUAUUCCUUCAUUGAGUUUGAUACUUACAUCCAGAAAACCAAGAAACUCUACAUUGAUAGCCGUGCAAGAAGGAACCUGGGCUCCAUCAACACAGAGUUGCAAGAUGUGCAGAGAAUUAUGGUGGCCAACAUUGAAGAAGUCUUACAGCGAGGAGAGGCGCUCUCAGCUUUAGAUUCCAAGGCCAACAACUUGUCCAGCUUGUCUAAGAAGUACCGUCAGGAUGCAAAGUAUCUGAACAUGCGUUCCACCUAUGCCAAGCUUGCGGCUGUAGCUGUCUUUUUUAUCAUGUUGAUAGUCUAUGUGCGAUUUUGGUGGCUGUGACCUGUCACCAAAGAGGAGAGAGCCUGUAGCAUGGCAGGUGUAUGUGUGCAGGACACUUUGUUCAUGGGGGAUGUGCAUUAGAAUCCACGCAGGACUGUCGCCGUUGAGGGAGUGUCCUGAAAAUGAUUUUUUUCCCCUGAGUUCUACCCCUUUCUACCCCUUUUAGUUGAUCAUAACCAUAGGUAUAAAGUUUGGUGGGAGUACAGGCUUUUCCUCUGAGGCAGUAUACGCUAGGGGACUAGAGUUUGACCUUCCAGGACACAAUGCUCAUGGACAGCACUGAUUGGGGUGUACUGUGUUGGAGCAGUUACAAAGCAGUUUACCUCAACCAGAUUGUGUUGGUAGCAGUCACUUUAGCCUACUUUUCAAAGUAGCUGUAGUAGAAAAUGGACUCUAAUGAACAUUCCUUAUGUUUGGUAAUGUUUUCUUUUCUAGAAUCUGGGUCUGUAGUUGCUUUCUAAAAUGAAAUGAGACUCCUUUUUUGAAGGCUGAUUCUGCCCUGUACAUACUGUAAUGGCUUUCACCCUGUCAGAUGAGCAAAUUGUUGGGUUUUCAUUCUCUGACAUCUUUCUUGUUACACUUGCAUUACUUUAGGAAUAAAUGGAUGUUAAAUUAUGCCUUAAAACCACAUUAUAUUUAGACAGUGAAAAGUUUCUAUCACUGAUUGCUACCAAAUUAAACUACUAGUUUGCAACCCUCCUUUUUCACUGAGUUGGCAGUUGUGCAUAACAGUUUGUUUUAAGAUGACUCAGAAGAGUUCAUGAGUUUCACACGGUGUAGGCCCAGGCUCAGGGCAAACAAUUUAAAUCUCUUAGUUUUCCUACCAUCUAUUUGCAGAAACAUUUAUAUUAUUUCUUUCCUCUCUCCAUCAUGUUGGUUUUUUCCUCCCCCAGGCCCUUCAUUUCUGCCAGCAUUCCAUUACUUAGGAACUGUCCUACAGAAAAAUCUCAGUGUGCAGUGAUGAAGGAAAAGCAGAGCAUUUCCUUAAAUAAGCUUAUUUCAUUGUCCAGCUUCCAUAAAGGUUUUAUAGAGAAUAAUACACUUUUAAAGCCAAGAGCCUUUUGUCAAUGUCUUGUUCUUCUCCCUAUUUCUUUUGUGGGGAUUAAACUGUAGCAGAAAAGAAGGUCAUUGCAGAAUUACAGCAUUUCUUGUAAUCUUUUGUUCUGUGCCAGCCAAUAUAAAUAGUUCCAGUGUGAUGUGAUUUCUUUUUUUGUGUGCAUCAAAAAUGUCAUUUUACUUGUGACUGUUUUCAAGAGAGAAUCAGCAUAUUAUGUUUCAGCAUCCCCUUUUUUUCUAGUAAGUUAUCUAUUACUGACAUUACCUAGGACAUGAAUGCUGGAGAACAGACAGUACAAAAGGAAAGGAAAUUUCAAGGUUCCUCAGCAUCUUUAGAAAAUAUUAGCUACAGCUCUGGAAGUGUAAACUAACAACAAGGUGUCUCCUGAGGCAAAGUAGGCAAUAGGGAGCUAGUGUUCCAGUUGCUUGUGAAAAGCAGCCUGAUUUGACUCCUUUCUUCUCUGUGGGCAGGUAAGUAGAGUUUGUCCACAUAUCUACAGGGCAACCUGAUCUGUGACUUUGUCUCAAAUUAUCUUCUGAUUUCUGCAUGAUGUCUCUACUUGUUAAUUUGUAGACAGCUGUAUUUUUUUUAAUUUAAAAUUUGUGUCCCUAACAGGUGAAUGUACAAGUGAUGUUAGGUCUGUGUGUAAUUUAGGUCUGGAAGGUGAGCAGAUACCACAUCUCGAUUCUGUAACGACCUGAGAGGAGUUAAACUCUUCCACAGCGUGCAGCAGCUCAGUGGGAAGUUGCCUGCUGCAGCUGUACUGUCAGCAGCGAAAUAAACGCUUCCAAAAGGUG